AUGAACCACAACAGAGACCGACCAUAUGAAAUAGGAUUGGUGAAUGACGACAACAAUCUAACAGAUGACCAGGCAAAGGGUCUGUUUAAUUUGUUUAUUGACACCUUUAGGAUAGGGGAUGACUACAUAUACAGGGAAGAACUAGCAAAGGAUGAAAGGCUUCUAAGAGUUACUGUGGAGCAUAUGAGCAUGUUUGAUUCUCGGUUGUUUGAGGGUGUAAUGAGCAGGCCUCUUCACUACCUUGAACUAUUCAGAGACGCUAUUAAUGAUCCUGGUAAGAAAGAGCGGUAUAUUGAAAUUGUAUCACAGUCAACAGUUACUCCCAUAAGAAAGUUAGACUCUGCGCAUAUUAACAAGAUAUCAACAAUUAGAGGGAUAGUUUUAUCUGUUUCAAGCGUGUGCUCAAAGCCUCUUGCGCUGUAUGCGUUCUGUAAGACAUGCUUAAACGCAAAAGUGAUCAAGGAGACCCUUCCUAGGAAGUGUGAAUCAUGCAGCAGCUCAGAUAGUUUUGUUGCGUCGCCCGAAAAAAGCAUUCUACAGGAUGUGCAGUACAUAAAGAUUCAGGAAGCCUUUGAAGAUCUGCCAACGGGAGAGAUAUCCAGGCAUUUAAUGGUGACUGCUGCAGAUGGUCUUGUAGACCGGGUAAUUCCUGGAACAUCUGUGACCAUAACCGGAGUGUACUCUAUUGGAAACACAAAGACCAAUAUUCCUUUUAUAAAGGCAAUGGGAAUAUCAGUGAGCGAGCAGAAGAUUGGAAUACUUACAGCACAGAAGGCUGUACGAAAGGUCACAAAGAAGUUCACCAGCCUUUCAAGAUCUACGAUUGUAAACAGCAUAUCUCCAGAAGUGUUUGGGCACAAGGAUGUCAAGCUUGCUUUAGCAUGUGCUCUUUUUGGAGGAAUACAAAAGAACUUUGAAGAUGGAAUCCGGGUCAGGGGAGAUAUUAAUGUUCUUCUGCUUGGUGAUCCUGGUAUUGCAAAAAGUCAGCUGCUGAAGUUCCUUUCUGGUGUGUCCUCCCGUGGGGUCUACACAAGCGGUAAAGGCGCCAGUGCGGCUGGUCUAACAGCAACAGUAUGCAAGGACAAGUUUGGAAACUUUUAUCUUGAAGGGGGUGCUUUGGUUCUGGCAGAUGGUGGCCUGUGCUGCAUUGAUGAAUUUGAUAAAAUGCAGGAGAAAGACCGUGUUGCUAUCCACGAGGCCAUGGAGCAGCAGACUAUUUCUAUUUCAAAGGCAGGAAUAGUCACUUCUCUAAACUCUCGGUGUGCUGUAGUGGCGGCUGCCAAUCCAAUAUUUGGAAGGUAUGAUGAGAAUAAGGCUCCUGGAGAGAACAUUGACUUUGGAGUAACAAUUCUUUCAAGAUUUGAUCUGAUAUUUGUUAUUAAAGACUCAAUGAGCGCAGAUAAGAAGAUUGCAGAGCAUGUAAUAAGCCGAUUUAUCAACAGCAACAAAGAGGAAAAAGUACAAAACAGCAUUCCAGAGCACAUUUCUAUAGAAGAGCUUAAAGACUAUGCUGAGUAUGCAAAGACCAUCAACCCUGUGAUAGAGGAGGAAGCAGCUCAGAGGCUGCAGGCAUUCUACAUUCAGACGCGAAAAACCGCAAGGGCCUCUCGAGAUACAGGAAAUGGAAGUGUUCCAAUCACAGUAAGACAGCUGGAAGCAAUUGCUCGAAUAAGUGAAGCGCUGGCAAGAAUGGAGCUAGAAACUGUUGUGACCACUGAGCAUGUAGAGGAAGCAAUCCGGCUGUUUACGGAAAGCACCAUGAAGGCAGUUGCUAUGGGGCAUUAUGUUGAGGGUAUGCCUAGGCAGGAGUGGAUUAAAGAGUUCUCACAAGUUGAAACUGCUAUAAAAUCCUGCCUGCCUAUUGGGCUGUCCAAGCCAUACAAAAUACUAAUCAAAGAACUGUGCAAAUAUCACAGUGAAGGGGUUGUUAUGCAAUGCCUUGAUGGCAUGAUUCGAAAGGAAAAGCUCUGCGUAGCUAAUGGAGGAAAAACAAUAUUAAGAAUGCCUUAGGGUCCUCUCUUCUAUAUCUAGUCAUAAAUUUAUCAUAAUAAAUGCGU